GAGCUGAGGCAAGGCUGGGAGUGAUCAGCGUGGCAUCUUGCUCCGGACUGCAGGGCCCUGACUUGUCUUGGACACGGUGUGACUGAAUCUGGGGAGGUCAUGCUGGUGCGGAUGAAGGGCUGCCCCCUUCCCGAGUCAUUUGCAUGGGCCCUGCUGUGAAACGAAGGCAGCGAGGAUGCGCUGGACCCUUCCUUCCUCCCCUCGUUGAGCGCUGCUGGCGCGGCCACCUUCCCGCUGUUGGAGCGCGUCCUGUCCUCUCGCCACGGCCAGCAGCCCCCUCGGCAGCAGGCAUCCGUCGCCUGCCAGCCUGAACAUGCCCACGGGCACAGCCGAUGACAGCCAGGGUUCCCAGGGGACGCGGGGCCCCGCGGGGCCCGGCCGCCAGGCGCAGGCCCUCUCCUGACGCCGGUGUCCCCGAGUGAGCACCAUGCCCAUCACCCAGGACAACGCGGGGCUGCACCUGCCCCUGCUCUGCCGCUGGCUGGAGAACAGCCUGCGGGAGGGCGGCGCGGGGCCGGAGCAGCGGCUGUGCCAGGCGGCCAUCCAGAAGCUGCGGGAGUACAUCCAGCUGAACUUCGCCGUGGACGAGGGCGCCGUGGCCCCCGAGCGCAGCCCCCCGGGGAUGGAGAUCUGCGCCGUGUACCUCGCCAAGGAGCUGGGGGACGCGGAGACUGUGGGCCUCAGUUUCGGGAACAUCCCCGUCUUCGGGGACUAUGGAGAAAAGCGCAGGGGGGGCAAGAAGAGGAAGACCCACCAGGGCCCCGUGCUGGACGUGGGCUGCAUCUGGGUGACGGAGCUGAGGAAGAACAGCCCCGCGGGGAAGAGCGGGAAGGUCCGCCUGCGCGACGAGGUCCUGUCCCUCAACGGGCAGCUCAUGGUCGGCGUGGACGUCAGUGGGGCCAGUUACCUGGCUGAGCAGUGCUGGAAUGGCGGCUUCAUCUACCUGAUCAUGCUGCGCCGCUUCAAGCACAAAGUCCAGUCUCCUUACAACGGCAACAGCAGCAACAGCUCGGAACCGGGAGAGACGCCGACCUUGGAGCUGGGCGACCGGACUGUGAAAAAGGGGAAAAGAACAAGAAAGUUUGGAGUCAUUUCCAGGCCUUCCACCCACAAGGCCGCUGAAGUAUCCAAGAACAGCCCUGGCUGGGAGCUGGACAAUGACCCCGCCUCUGAGCUGGACAACGGCCCCGACCCUGAACUUGGAAAUGGUCAUGCCUUCGAGCUAGAAGAUGGUCCUGACUCUCUCAAGGAAGUGGCUGGGUCCCAUCUAGACAGGUCCGACGUGGACAGGGGGACAGAGCAUAGAGUUCCAAAGACAGAGGCUCCUCUGCCCACCAGCAAUGACAAAUGCCACUUCUUAAAAUCGGGGAAGACGGACUUCCAGUCAAGCGACUGCCUGGCACAGGAGGAAGUCGGCCGGAUAUGGAAGCUGGAGCUGAUGAAAGAAUCAGACGGGCUGGGAAUUCAGGUUAGUGGAGGCCGAGGAUCAAAGCGCUCGCCUCACGCUAUCGUUGUCACUCAAGUGAAGGAAGGCGGUGCGGCUCACAGGGAUGGUCGACUGUCCUUAGGAGAUGAACUACUGGUCAUCAAUGGUCACUUACUGGUCGGCCUGUCCCAUGAGGAAGCUGUCGCUAUCCUUCGCUCAGCCACUGGAAUGGUUCAGCUGGUUGUGGCCAGCAAGGAAACCUCUGCAGAGGACCUCCUGCGGUUAACGUCCAAGAGUUUGCCUGACCUGACCAGCUCGGUAGAGGACGUGUCCUCUUGGACUGACAACGAAGACCAGGAGCCAGACGGGGAAGAGGACCUAGGAGCUGGCCCGUCUUCCGUCCGGGGAGCAAUCCCUGGGGCAGGUGAGUCCCAAGAUUCGUGUGGCUCCGAGGAUUCCAAGGGACACAUGGAAAGUCCCAAACAGGGCAGCAGUAAAAUGAAGCUCAAAAGUCGUCUUUCGGGGGGUGUACACCGUCUAGAGUCUGUUGAAGAAUAUAAUGAGCUGAUGGUGCGAAACGGGGAUCCCCGGGCCAGGAUGUUGGAGGUGUCCCGAGAUGGCCGGAAGCACUCUCUUCCCCAGUUACUGGAAUCUUCGGGAACAGCGCAGGAGUACCACAUCGUGAAGAAAUCCACCCGCUCCCUCAGCACCACGCAGGUGGAGUCUCCGUGGAGGCUCAUCCGGCCGUCGGUCAUCUCCAUCAUCGGGCUGUACAAAGAAAAAGGCAAGGGCCUUGGCUUUAGCAUUGCUGGAGGUCGCGACUGCAUUCGAGGACAGAUGGGGAUUUUUGUCAAGACUAUUUUCCCAAAUGGGUCAGCCGCCGAGGACGGAAGACUUAAAGAAGGGGACGAAAUCCUAGAUGUCAAUGGGAUACCAAUAAAGGGCUUGACGUUCCAAGAGGCCAUUCAUACCUUUAAGCAAAUCCGUAGUGGAUUAUUUGUGUUAACGGUACGCACAAAGUUAUUGAGCCCAAGCCUCACCCCCUGCUCAACGCCCACGCACAUGAGCAGGUCCAGCUCCCCAAACUUCAACGCCAGCGGGGGAACCUCGGCGGUAGGCUCCGACGAAAGCAACUCCUCAUCCCUGGGUCGGAAGGCCCCUGGGCCCAAGGACAGAAUUGUCAUGGAAGUAACGCUCAACAAAGAGCCCAGAGUUGGACUGGGCAUUGGCGCCUGCUGCCUGGCCCUGGAGAACAGCCCUCCGGGCAUCUACAUUCACAGCCUCGCCCCGGGGUCCGUGGCCAAGAUGGAGAGCAACCUGAGCCGCGGAGAUCAAAUCCUGGAGGUGAACUCGGUCAACGUGCGCCACGCCGCCCUGAGCAAAGUCCACGCCAUCCUGAGCAAGUGCCCCCCGGGACCCGUUCGCCUUGUCAUCGGCCGGCACCCCAACCCAAAGGUUUCCGAGCAGGAAAUGGAUGAGGUGAUAGCGCGCAGCACUUACCAGGAGAGCAAGGAGGCCACCUCCUGCCCCGGCUUAGGUACCCCCUUGAAGAGUCCCUCUCUUGCAAAAAAGGACUCCCUGAUCUCCGAAUCCGAGCUCUCCCAGUACUUUGCCCAAGACGUCCCAGGCCCCUUGUCAGACUUCGUGGUGGCCGGCUCCGAGGACGAAGACCACCCGGGCAGUGGCCGCGGUGCCCCCGAGGACGGCGGCCUGCCGCCCAGCGCCUCCACUCGCAAGGAACCAGGAAAAGCCAGGGCCAACAGCCUCGUGUCUCUAGGAAGCCAGCGGGGCUCCGGGCUCUUCCACAAGCAGGUGACAGUUGCCAGACAAGCCAGUCUCCCUGGGAGCCCGCAGGUCCUCCGAAACCCUCUCCUCCGCCAGAGGAAGGUGGGCUGCUACGACGCCGACGCCAGUGAUGAGGAAUUCGAGGGCGAGGGGGACAGCAUUUCCCUCCCAGGGACCCUCCCAGGUCCCGGCAGGCCUCUGACAGAGGACGACUCCAGGCAUGCCUUGACCUCUUCCAAGGUCAGGGGUGUCAGCAACCAAGAGGAACAUCCCCAGAAAACACUGGUCAGCAAGGCCUCCUCAGUGCCUCUCCUUGGCAGCUCCUUGAGCUUAGAGAGUGUCCCAGGGGACUUGGGGGACACUCCUUCCCAUACAGCCAACCUGCUGUCCUCCGCAGACGCCCCCAAGGGUGGCUCUGGCUGCUCGGGGAGAAAGGAACUGUCCGGAUCCAGGAGUUCACCCAAAUUGGAAUACAAAGCCGAUACGCAGAGUCUGGUGAGCACGGACAGCCCCAGUGCCCCCCAGCAGAAGAGCGAAAGCCUGGGGUCCAGGCACAAGCCGGUGGCCAGAGUGAGCCCCCACUGCAAGAGGCCGGAGGCCGCGGCUAGGCCCAGCAGCUCGGACACAGUAAGCCUGACUGACGGUGCUAAUGACCCUCGUGGCCUGGAUCCUGAAGUCCGGGCCCCUGCAGUCCAAGUGACCGUGGCUGGUUUCCAACCAGGUGGAACUGUGGGAAAGGACACUCUGGGGAAGCUGACCAUCGGGCAUGGGCCCCACCCAGGUGCUGGCCACCUCCCAGAGAACCUGCCCGAAGCUGGACCAGACCAGGGGCAGCACCCUGGGACAGGACUGGAUGGCUCCCCAGACCUCGUCUCCUCCCCAGGGCAGAAGGGGGCCGCUCACCCCGACCCCAACAAGACCUCGGUGGGCACAGGACGUGUGAGGCAGCCUGAGGACCUCAGAGAGCCGGCGUCACCCAGGUCCGAGGUCAGUCUCACCCGGGACCACAGCACCUCCCCGGCAGCGCAUCCCGACUCCUGCACGACUUGCGCAGCCCCGGGGAGGGGCAGGCCCAACGCCAACGGGAAGGCAGCUGCACGCGGGGGAGCAGGGCCCGAGACACAGGGCGCGUCACCGGCCCGCGAGGUCCCGUCACCAGACCUCCUCAAGUGCCAGGAGAGACCAGGAGUGCCAGGCGACCACAGCACAGCUCUGCAAAUGACUGGAACCUUGGCGCCUGCACCCUCUGGGUCUGGAAAGGCACCGCAGGCCAGCACCGCCUGGACGUCAGCCCCUGACGGGGCCCACGGGGCGUGUGGCAGUGUCUCGGGGCACUGCUGCCUCGGGGACAGUGGAGGGGGCCCCGUGACGGACACGGACAGACUCGUCCAGGAGCUGGACGCCUCGGAGGGCAGGCUCCCAUCUCCCGACAGAGGGCACCCGGCGAGGCAGGAGGGCAGUUCCCAGGGCCAGCUUCCCACAGGGGCUGCGGGAGGAAGCACCCGCCGUGCGGAGCCCGUCCCCGGGCACCAGACCCCUGCCCCCAGGAGGGCCCGGGCGGCCUGCCCGCCCCCGCACCCGCAGUGGGCCUCCCAGCCCUCCGUGUUGGAUUCGAUUAAUCCGGACAAACCUUUUACUGUGAACAAAAGCUUUCUGAGCAACUACUCUAGAAAUUUCAGCAGUUUGCACGAGGACAGCACGUCCCUGUCUGGCCUGGGUGACAGCACGGAGCCAUCUCUCUCCUCCAUGUACGGUGACGCCGAGGACUCGUCUUCUGACCCCGAGUCACUCCCCGAAGCCCCACGAGCUUCCACCAGGGACACCCAGUCCCCCCCUCAUUCCUGCGGGUCUUCUCACAGGGAGGAUACCCUGGAAUCAGAGGAGGAGCAGAUUGAAAUCUGUUCCACGGGGGGUUCCCCCAACCCGCCGGGGCCUGCGCCAGCCGGAAGCCCGCCGCCCCGGCCCCACGCUGCGGGGGAGGCCCCGGCCAGUCCCCGCGGGAGAGCCGCCUCCGUGUCGGGAGCCUCGUGCCCUCCAACCCUGAACGCUGUCCAGCCGCCUCCCGUCUUGGAUGCGAGCGCUCAGGGGCGUGAACCCCCAGCGGACCCAAGGGUCACGCAGCACCGCGGGUCCUCGAGUGACGAAGAAACGGGGGGAGCCACCAGCACCGGCUCGGCCGUGGGAAACCACCAGCCCCCUGAAGUCACCAGGCACCUUCACUACGCCCCAGUCAUUCUCGGCGCUCCUAACAUGGCCAAUGGUGUGGGACAUGACUUGCUGGGUGGUGAAACCCCAGAUAAAAAACCAGAAACAAGUGUGAACCCAACUGAAAACCGACCGUCCUUUAGUGUGGGUGUCCCUAAGAACGGGGAGCCUGUUUUGGGAAACCUGCACAGCUCCGAAAGCCAAGGCCUGGAUGACCUGCUGCAGAAACCGAAACCGGUGUCCAGGAGGCCCAUCAUGGCCUGGCUCAAGGACAUCAACAGGAGCACCCACGGUGCGCACUCGCAGAGGACUGACAAGGAGCAGCCCGCCGUGCCAGCCGCAAGCCCGGACCCCAAAGGUCAGGUGCUGGGCACAAGCCACAGGAAGGGGGCUGCUGUGCCAAAUAGCCCCCCUCAGCUGAACCUGGACCUUGGAAAUAAAGAGCCACCUAAGAAAAGUUCAGUGGAAACCCUUUUGAGUAACUGUCAGAAACCCAAGCCCGGCCCUAGGCUGAAGAGGCUGAGCAGCAAGGGCAAAGGCAAGGGCAGCUCCGAGGCCCCUGCCGCCCCCGCGCCUGCGGCAGCUGGGACAGACCACAGGAAGGCCCUCCUUUCACCCCAGACCCCCCCCAAAACCCUCCCUAAGGGAGCCUCACCCCGGGCGCCCGGAGCUGACCACGAGGGACCCGACAGAACUGCCACAGCCUCUGUCAGGUCUCCCCAGUGUGUGCUGGACAGCAAGCCGCCCCCUGCGGCCUCGGGGCCACUGAGGCUGUCAGCGUCGGACACAAGCAUCAGACCGCUCGUUUCACCCCUGACCUCCCCCAAAGCUCUCCCUGAGCAAGGUGCGGGUGGCAGGCUCCACACGGCGGUCCACUCCGAGCCGGACAGAGGCUGUCCAGCCUCCCCCAGAUCUCCCAAGUGUGGACCAGACAGCAAGGCAGCCUCAGGGACAGGUCUCGCAGCAUCAAGGAGCAGCGUUCCCCCGGCAGCGGACAGGCGGGAGCUCCCGCCCCCCUGGCAGGGCCAGCAGCUCGCGGCCAGCCAGACGUAUUUGGUACCAGAAGCAGCCCAGCCCAGGGGGACUGGUGACAAAGGAAGCAAAACAAUUGCUAGUGAUCCCCCAGAAAGAACCAACCAGCUGAAAAUAGUUGAAAUGUCUUCUGAAAGAAUGCCAAAGAAUGCAGGUGUUGACAUGCCAGCCGAAAGGGACAGACAGGGAGGGUUCCUGGCCCAGAGCAAUUGUCAGAAGAGUGAAGUGAGACUCUGUCACCAGUCAGUGGAGUCGUCCCCAAGCCACCACCCACCGGCGCUCCCAUCCCGGGCCUCCCCGGUGGAGCAGGAAAGGCAGCGACCUUUCAGCACGGCACAACUGCCCUCCCCGCAGCUGCCCACCAAAAAGGCGGGGGCCUCCCCGGGGAAGUCGAGCCAGGUGUCAGACUCUCUGGGGGCACCCAGGAAUGGGGGCCCAGCGCCGGAUGACCACCCCUAUUUCACGCCAAGGCCGGCGACCAGGACCUACUCCAUGCCAGCCCAGUUCUCAAGCCAUUUUGGACGGGAAGGGCCUUCCCUGCACAGCCCAGGCCGCUCUCACCGGGACAGCCAGAUCCCUGGGACCAGCGGUGGCCUGGAGGCCAAGGCGUCCAGAGGCGGUGCUCCUGGCCUGGCGAAUGGGCAGGGUGUCUACAGUGUGAAGCCCCUGCUGGAGACAUCCAGGAACCUUCCGGCCACCGACGAAGGGGACGUCCUUUCAGCGCAGGAACCGAGCUGCCUUGUCACAGACAAAGUCAGGGUCACCAGAAGACACUACUACUUUGAGCAGAACUGGCCCCAUGAAUCUACCUCAUUUUUCUCUGUGAAGCAGAGGAUCAAGUCCUUUGAGAACCUGGCCAACUCCGACCGGCUCGUGGCCAGGUCUGGGGCUUCCCCUUUUUUGUCUGUGAGCUCCAAGCCUCCCAUUGGGAGACGGUCAUCGGGCGGCGUGGUUCCGGGGAGCCUCAGCCAUCCCAGUGACCUGACAGCAAGGUCACUGAGACGCAGCCUGAGUUCCUGCAGCGAAAGCCAAAGUGAAGCCAGCACCCUCAUCCCCCAGAUGACCAAGUCCCCAUCCAGCGUGACGCUGACAGUCCCCCGGCAGAACCUGGGGGAGGCCAGCAGCAAGGGCCCCGACUCGGACCUGAAGAAGUCACUUGGUCCUUCCGGAAUUCCCGCCCCAACAGUGACCCAGGCCUCUCCCAUCAAGAAGAACAAGUCCUCGGUGCGCCACGCCCAGCCCUCGCCUCUCUCCCGCUCUAAGCUCCAGGAACUGAGAGCCCUGAGCAUGCCCGACCUCGACAAGCUCUGCAGCGAGGACUUCCCCGCAGGGCCCACGGCCGUGCUCUUCAAAACAGAGCUGGAGAUCGUCCCCAGGAGGUCACCCCCCGGAGGCCUCAAUGGGGCCACUGCCCUUUUGUGUCCUGUGAAGGGGGAAGACAGGGCCUGUCCAGGAGGAAGCAGGCCAAAAGCCAGUGAGCCUGGGGCACCCAGUUCAGCCAGUGUGAGUGAAACCACCCAGGAUCUGCCUUCCAGAAAAAGCUGGUCCGUUAAUUUGGAUCAACUUCUAGUCUCGGCGGGGGACCAGCAAAGAUUACAGUCUGUGUUGUCAUCAGUGAGGUCGAAGUCUACUGUCGUAACUCUCAUGCAGGAAGCGAAAGCACAAUCAGAGAAUAGAGAAGAUGUCUGCUUUAUCGUCUUGACUAAAAAAGAAGGCUCAGGUCUUGGAUUCAGUGUGGCAGGAGGGACAGAUGUGGAGCCAAACUCGACUGUGGUCCACAGGGUAUUUUCUCAGGGGGCAGCUUCUCAGGAAGGGACGAUGAACCGAGGGGAUUUCCUCCUGUCCGUCAAUGGCGCCUCACUAGCUGGCUUGGCCCAUGGGGACGUCCUAAAGGUUCUGCACCAGGCACAGCUGCACAGAGAUGUCCUCGUGGUCAUCAAGAAAGGAAAUGAUCAGCCCAGGCCCUCCACCCGGCAGGAGCCACCCACAUCCAACGGGAAGGGCUUGCUGUCCAGAAAGACCAUCCCCAUGGAGCCUGGAGUGGGCAGAAGCGUAGCUGCAAACGACGCUCUGUGCGUUGAAGUACUGAAGACCUCGGCUGGGCUGGGCUUGAGCCUGGAUGGAGGAAAAUCGUCCAUGUCUAGGGAUGGGCCCCUGUUCAUUAAAAGAGUCUACAAAGGUGGUGCAGCUGAACAGGCUGGAACAAUAGAAGCUGGGGAUGAAAUCCUUGCCAUUAACGGGAAACCCCUGGUUGGGCUCAUGCACUUUGAUGCCUGGAAUAUUAUGAAGUCUGUCCCAGAGGGACCUGUGCAGUUAGUAAUUAGAAAGCACAGGAAUUCUUCAUGAAACAAUUGGGGAGCCUACACAGUCUGA